GCGGUGUGUGGCUGCUGCGGUUCCUCUGUUAUCGCAGAGCAUCGCUCACGCGGCACAGCAAGCCCAGAGUCCGUCCCGCAGCCGGGAAAUCCUUUACCACAGGCACCCGCAGAAGCCCCUGCAGCCGCGCCCGGAGCCGGGGCAUCCUCGCCCUGUGCGCUCCGGGGUUCUGCGCUGCGCCGCGCGGUCCACCUCCGCGCCUCCUCCGAGGGGCAGGCGUGGGGAGAAAGAACGGUCUCCCGAGUCUGGGCGCUGCGCCCGCCUGGAGGUGCGGGAUGGAGAGCAAGGCGCUGCUGGCCGUGGCUCUGUGGCUCUGCGUGCAGACCCAGGCGGCCUCUGUGGGUUUGCCUGGUGUUUCUCUUGUUCCACCCAAGCUCAGCAUAGAAAAAGAUAUACUUACGAUUAUGGCCAAUACAACUCUUCAGAUUAAUUGCAGGGGACAGCAGGACUUGGAUUGGCUUUGGCCCAACAGUCAGAGUGGCACUGAGGACAGGGUGGAGAUAACAGAAUGCAGCGAUGGCCUCUUCUGUAAGACGCUUAGAGUCCCCAGAGUGAUCGGAAAUGAUACUGGAGCCUAUAAGUGCUUCUACCGGGAAGCUGACUUGGCUUCCGUCAUCUACGUCUAUGUUCAAGAUUACAGAUCUCCAUUUAUUGCAUCUGUUAGUGACCAACAAGGGGUUGUGUACAUUACUGAAAACAAAAACAAAACUGUGGUGAUUCCGUGUCUUGGGUCCGUUUCAAACCUCAAUGUGUCACUCUGUGCGAGGUAUCCGGAAAAGAGGUUUGUUCCUGAUGGUAACAGGAUUUCCUGGGACAGCAAGAAGGGCUUUACUAUUCCCAGCUACAUGAUCAGCUAUGCAGGCAUGGUCUUCUGUGAAGCCAAGAUUAAUGAUGAAAGUUACCAGUCUAUCAUGUACAUCGUUGUGACUGUAGGGUAUAGGAUUUAUGAUGUAAUUCUGAGCCCCCCUCAUAAAGUUGAGAUGUCUGUUGGAGAGAAGCUUGUCUUAAAUUGCACAGCAAGAACUGAACUGAAUGUGGCAAUUGAAUUCAACUGGGACUACCCUUCUUUGAAGCAGCAUAAGAAACCUGUAAUCCGGGACCUAAAAACUCAGUCUGGGAGUGAGAUGAAGAAAUUUUUGAGCAUCUUGACUAUAGAUCGUGUGACGCGUGGUGAUCAAGGCUGGUACUCCUGUUCGGCCUCAAGCGGGCUGAUGACCAAGAAUAACAUGACAUUUGUCAGGGUCCAUGAAAAACCUUUUGUCGCUUUUGACAGUGGAAUGGAGUCUUUGGUGGAAGCUUCGGUGGGGGAGUACGUCAGGAUCCCAGUGAAGUACCUUGGAUACCCACCCCCUGAAAUAAAAUGGUAUAAAAAUGGAAGACCCAUGGAGUCCAAUCACACAAUUAAAGUGGGGCAUGCACUGACAAUCAUGGAAGUGAGUGAAAAAGACACAGGGAAUUACACUGUCAUCCUGACCAACCCCAUUUCAAAGGACAAGCAGAGUCACGUGGUGUCCCUGGCUGUGAAUGUCCCACCCCAGAUUGGUGAGAAGUCUCUGAUCUCUCCUGUGGAUUCUUACCAGUAUGGCAGCACCCAGACGCUGACGUGCACGGUCUAUGCUGUCCCUCCCGCGCACAACAUCCACUGGUACUGGCAGCUGGAGGAGGAGUGCCCCACCAUGCCCGGCCAAGCUGUCUCAAUGAUAAACCCACAUGCUUGUAAGGAAUGGAGGAGUGUAGAGGACUUCCAGGGGGGAAAUAAAAUGGAAGUCAACAAAAAUCAGUAUGCCCUCGUUGAAGGGAAAAACAAAACUGUAAGUACUCUGAUUGUCCAAGCAGCAAAUGUGUCAGCAUUGUACAAAUGUGAGGCCGUCAACAAAGUCGGGAGAGGAGAAAGGAUCAUCCCCUUUCACGUGACCAGGGGUCCUGAAAUUACUUUGCAGCCUGGCACCCAGCCAUCUGAGCAGGAGAGCGUGUCUUUGUGGUGCAGUGCAGACAGAACUAUGUUUGAGAACCUGACAUGGUACAAGGUUGGCCCCCAGGCUCUGCCGAUCCACGUGGGGGACUUGCCCACACCUCUUUGCAAGAACCUGGAUAUUCUUCAGAAAUUGAAUGCCACCAUGUUCUCUAAUAGCACAAAUGACAUUUUGAUCAUGGAACUCCAGAAUGCGUCAUUGCAGGACCAAGGAGACUACGUCUGCUUUGCUCAAGACAGGAAGACCAAGAAAAGACACUGUGUGGUCAGGCAGCUCACAGUCCUAGAGCGUAUGGCACCCAUGAUCACAGGAAACCUGGAGAAUCAGACGACAAAUAUUGGCGAAACCAUUGAGGUUUCAUGCAUAACGUCUGGGAAUCCCCAUCCACAGAUUACCUGGUUUAAAGAUAAUGAAACCCUUGUGGAAGACUCAGGCAUUGUCCUGAAAGAUGGGAACCGGAAUCUCACCAUCCGCAGAGUGAGGAAGGAGGACGAGGGCCUCUACACCUGCCAGGCCUGCAACGCGCUGGGCUGCGCAACAGUGGAAGCGUUUUUCAUAAUAGAGGGUGCGCAGGAGAAGACAAACUUGGAGGUCAUUAUCCUGGUAGGCACUGCAGUGAUCGCCAUGUUCUUCUGGCUACUUCUUGUCAUCAUCCUACGGACCGUUAAGCGGGCCAGCGGAGGGGAGCUGAAGACGGGCUACUUGUCCAUCGUCAUGGACCCAGAUGAACUGCCCCUGGAUGAGCAUUGUGAACGCCUGCCUUAUGAUGCCAACAAAUGGGAAUUUCCCAGAGACAGGCUGAAACUGGGCAAGCCUCUUGGACGUGGUGCCUUUGGCCAAGUGAUUGAAGCAGAUGCCUUUGGAAUUGAUAAGACAGCAACUUGCAGGACGGUGGCCGUCAAAAUGUUGAAAGAAGGAGCAACACACAGUGAGCACCGAGCCCUCAUGUCUGAGCUCAAGAUCCUGAUUCACAUUGGCCACCACCUCAACGUGGUCAACCUCCUUGGGGCCUGCACCAAGCCUGGGGGGCCCCUCAUGGUGAUUGUGGAAUUCUGCAAGUUUGGAAACCUAUCAACUUAUUUAAGGAGCAAGAGAAAUGAAUUUGUCCCUUACAAGUCCAAAGGGGCACGGUUCCGUCAGGGGAAAGACUAUGUGGGGGAAAUCCCUGUGGAUCUGAAACGCCGCCUGGACAGCAUCACCAGCAGCCAGAGCUCCGCCAGCUCUGGGUUUGUGGAGGAGAAGUCCCUCAGUGAUGUGGAGGAAGAGGAAGCUCCUGAAGAUCUGUACAAGGACUUCCUGACCUUGGAGCAUCUCAUCUGUUACAGCUUCCAAGUGGCUAAAGGCAUGGAGUUCUUGGCUUCACGAAAGUGUAUCCACAGGGACCUGGCAGCACGAAAUAUUCUCUUGUCAGAGAAGAACGUGGUUAAAAUUUGCGACUUUGGCCUGGCCCGGGAUAUUUACAAAGACCCAGAUUAUGUCAGAAAAGGAGAUGCUCGCCUCCCUUUGAAAUGGAUGGCCCCGGAAACAAUUUUUGACAGAGUCUACACAAUUCAGAGUGACGUGUGGUCUUUUGGUGUUUUGCUCUGGGAAAUAUUUUCCUUGGGCGCUUCUCCAUAUCCCGGGGUAAAGAUCGAUGAGGAAUUUUGUAGGCGAUUGAAAGAAGGGACUAGAAUGAGGGCCCCUGACUAUACCACACCAGAAAUGUACCAGACUAUGCUUGACUGUUGGCAUGGGGAUCCCGAUCAGAGACCCACAUUUUCAGAGUUGGUGGAACAUCUGGGAAAUCUACUUCAAGCUAAUGCUCAGCAGGAUGGCAAAGACUACAUUGUUCUCCCAAUAUCAGAGACUUUGAGCAUGGAAGAGGAUUCUGGACUCUCUCUGCCUACCUCACCUGUUUCCUGUAUGGAGGAAGAGGAAGUGUGUGACCCCAAAUUCCAUUAUGACAACACAGCAGGAAUCAGUCAGUAUCUGCAGAACAGUAAGCGAAAGAGCCGGCCUGUGAGUGUAAAAACAUUUGAAGAUAUCCCAUUGGAAGAACCAGAAGUAAAAGUAAUCCCAGAGGACAACCAGACGGAUAGUGGUAUGGUUCUUGCCUCAGAAGAACUGAAAACUUUGGAAGACAGAACAAAAUUAGCACCACCUUUUAGUGGAAUGGUGCCCAGCAAAAGCAGGGAAUCCGUGGCAUCUGAGGGCUCAAACCAGACGAGCGGCUACCAGUCUGGGUAUCACUCUGAUGACACGGACACCACAGUGUACUCCAGUGAGGAGGCAGAACUUUUAAAGCUGGUGGAGCUUGGAGCACAGGCCGGCAUGGCCCACAUCCUCCAGCCUGACGCAGGAGCACCCUGAGCUCACCUCCUGCUUAUCCCCCCAUUCCUGGAUAUCACACGAGAGGUGCUGCUUGGAUUUUCAAGUGUUGUUCUUUCCACCACCAGGAAGUAGCCACAUUUGAUUUUCAUUUCAAAAAGAAAAGAAAAGGACCUUGGACUGCAGGGAUCUUAGUCCUCUAUGCAUUUCCUGAGAAGAUGCUUGUGACCCAAGAAUGUGCUUGUACCUUCUCCCUGUGUCCACCCAAUGUUUCUCUUUUUCAUUCAUUUAAAAAGUGUUUAUAAUACCCCUGCUGUGGGUCUCAACAUGGAUUUCCAACAUAGAUGGUCAAGAAAUGGUUCCAUCUUCCAAGAAGUAGCAGGGCCCAGGGAGUGGAUGCUGUUGUAAAAGCAGGUGCUAAACGAGGCGACAUAUGUACCAUAGCUGUUGGAGAUGGAAGGGUUGGUGGGGCUGAGUCUGGCUGAGAGGCUCUGUGUAGGCUGUGGGUCCCCAGCCGAGUCUUAAGUGUGGGGUUUGCACAGACGGCAGGGAGGACUCUGGCUUGCUCUGAGAGCACAGUGUUGGCUCUGGGGAGGUGGGCAUGUGGUCUGGUAGGAAAUGUAAAGGCUUCAGAUGAGGGUUCUGGUUUUAGAAGGUUGCGUGCUCCUCGCAGUUGGGCUAAAGGAGGGUUCCUUGUGCUGUUUCCGACUCUUAAUGAGCGUUCCUUCCGGACCCUUACGUGUCUCCUGGCUGAGCCCCAGGAAGGAAAUGGUGCAGCCCUGGCUCCUGUGUCCCAGGCCCAUCCUCUGUCAGAGCCCCACAAAGAAGGGACAUUCAGCCAAGGCUCCCUGCCGUGAGGAAGGGCUCUGGUGCCUUCUGGAUGAGCACCCCACAUCUGUCCUGCUGUGAUAUGUCUGAGAGGGAAGGCAGGGGUUUGGUGUCCAGCUGUGGUCAGCUGUGUCAGGAAGGAAUCGACCCUUUUGUUCCUCCCCUACCCCCAGCCUACUCUUACCCCAACCCCAUCAGUAUUUUAGUUAUUUGGCCUCUACACUCCAGUAAACCUGUUGGGGUUUGUUCACUCUCUGAAUGAUUAUUAGCCAGAUUUCAAAAAUUACUUUAUAGCCAAAAUUAUAACAUCUAUUGUAUUAUUUAGACUUUUUUUUUUUUUAACAUAUAGAGCUAUUCCUACUGGUUUUUGCCCUUGUUCUUUUCAGUUUCUUUUUCUUCUAAAGAAACGGUGUUUUUCAUUUGGUACCAUAGUGUGAAGUACUGGGGUGAUGACUAUACAACAUGCUAUGGCACAUGUAUUUAUAGUCAGUUUAUGUAGAAACAAAUGUAAUAUAUUAAAACCUUAUAUUAUAUAUAAUGAACUUUGUACUAUUCACGUUUUGCAUCAGUAUUAUGUAGCAUAACAAAGGUUAUAAUGCUUUCAGCAAUUCAUGUCAUUUUAUUAAAAAAAAUUGAAAAACUUGAAA